GUUACGGAUUAAUGGCCACGGCGAGCCUCUCCGAAGCCACCACGCUCAUCAAGCGCCUCUGUCGUCAAUGCUCCUUCGCGUUAGCCCGCCGUGUGUUCGACGAGAUGCCCGAACGGGACGUCGUCGCAUGGACCUCCAUGAUCUCCGGCUACGCUUCCAACGGACUCCCGCGCGACGCUUUCUCCACCUUCUGCUGCAUGGUAUCUUCCGGCGUUCUCCCCAACCGCUACACGGUAUCCAGCGUGCUGACGGCGUGCCGGGGGCUCCAGUCACCGUCCGCCGGCGCGGCCGUGCAUGGGAUCGCCGUGCGACGCGGCAUCAGCGACGGGUCGUACGUGGAGAACGCGCUCCUUGACCUGUACGCGUCUUGUGGAUACAUCGCCGAUGCCGAGUUGGUGUUCGAAGAAAUGACUGACCGGACGGUCGUCUCUUGGACAAGCAUGAUCACUUGCUACGCCCGCUCAGGCAAUGCACGCAACGGAAUCCUUUUGUUUAAACGAAUGAUUCAUGAAAUCCCCGAGUCGAAUGCGUUUCCUUUCUCGAUCACAAUCCACGCGAGCGGUUCAAUUGGUUGUAUAAAACUUGGUCGUCAACUCCACGCAUUAGUAGUGAAAGCAGGUCACGAUUCAAGUCUUCCGGUUGCUAAUUCCUUGCUUGACAUGUAUUCUAGGUGUUUGAUUCUAUCAGAAGCAUGCCAGUUCUUUGGUGAAAUGCCCCAGAAGGACCUAAUUAGUUGGAACGCCAUGAUCGCAAGCCUUGAGCGAUCGAACUCCCAUGAAGCUUUACUGCUAUUUCUUGAGAUGGGAUCACAAGAUCUGCAGCCGAAUAACUUUACGUUUUGUAGCGUUAUGGCAGCUUGUGCUAAUCUGGCAAUUCUGAGCACUGGGCAACAGGUUCAUGCAUGCAUAAUUCGAAGAGGCUACCCAGAGAAACUGCAAGUAGCUAACGCGGUAAUAGAUAUGUAUGCGAAAUGUGGAACUGUGGCUGAUUCUAGGAAGGUUUUCGACGAACUGACUACCAAGGAUUUGGUAACAUGGACAUCAUUGUUGAUUGGAUAUGGGAUGAAUAGUUGUGGAAAUGAGGCUAUCAAACUCUUCGAUGAGAUGACUAGUUCAGGCUUUCAACCUGAUUUUGUUUUGUUCUUGGGUAUCAUUACCGCAUGCAGUCAUGCUGGGUUAGUAGAUCAUGGCUUGAGGUACUUCAGUUUGAUGAGUUCCGAGUAUAAUGUUCCACCUACAAAGGAAGUCUAUGGUUGUGUUGUUGAUCUGCUAGGUCGAGCUGGAAGAGUAACAGAAGCCCACGAGCUGAUAAAAACAAUGUCUUUUGAACCCGACGAAAAAAUUUGGGGAGCUCUUCUUGGAGCAUGCCAGAUACAUAAGAAUGCCGAAUUAGGAAGAUUAGCUGCUCAGAAGAUCUUGGACAUGAAGCCAAAUGACACAAAGACUUACAUCUCAUUAUCCAGUAUACAUGCAGCUGGUAAUGCAUGGGAAGAUUUUGCAGAGGCCAGGAGAUCCUUGAGAGAGAAAGGAUACAAGAAAGACGUAGGAAUUAGUUCAAUUGAGGUCGGGAAUGAAAUAUUUAGCUUUGUUGCUUGUGAUAGAAGCAAUCCCUAUGUUAUUUUUGUCUUCGGGGUAUUAGAAGAACUGGCUCAGCAUAUGAACCAAGAUAAAUUUGAAUUAGAUUUGAUGCUCCAUGAUUUCACAGACAUAAGAUGA